CAUUUAGAUAUACAGUUUUCCACUAUUAUAUAUCUUCUUCCUCUUCUUCACCAUCACCGCGUACCUUAACUUAACCAUGGCUGCUCCAGCUGCUUCUUCGAUAAAGAUAAUGAUGACGAUGACGAUGAUAGCUGUAAUAAUUAUUCACGUCUCUGCCAACGAUCCUGAUCCGCUGCAAGAUAUCUGUGUUGCUGAUUUCUCUUCUGCGAUAACGGUCAACGGGUAUCCCUGCAAGUCAAACGUAACGGCCGACGACUUCUUCUUCGCCGGAAUAUCGACGGCCGGCCCGACCAACAACUCCGUCGGGUCGCUUGUCACCGGCGCCAAUGUCCAGAAGUUUCCGGGCCUCAACACCCUCGGCGUCUCUCUGGCCCGUAUCGACUUCGCCCCCGGAGGCGUCAACCCGCCGCACACACACCCACGCGCCACCGAGGUGAUCUUCGUCCUGGAGGGGGCGCUUGACGUGGGGUUUAUCACGACAGCCAAUGCCGCCGUGCUGAGGAGCAUCAAGCAGGGCGAGGUGUUCGUCUUCCCCAAAGCCCUCAUCCAUUUUCAGAUCAACCGCGGGGACUCGCCGGCAGCGGUGAUCUCCGCCUUCAACAGCCAGCUGCCGGGGACUCAGUCAAUACCCACCGCGCUGUUCGGGGCGGCACCGCCGCUUCCCGACGAUGUGCUGGCGGCGGCGUUCCACAUCAGCCCCGGACAGGUGAUGGACAUCAAGUCCAGAUUCGCGCCAAAAAAUUGA